AUGGCAUUUUUUGAACUUGAGUAUGUGGCAUUUGUUGAACUUGAGUUCUUGGCAAUUGUUGAACUUGAGAUUGUGGCAUUUGUUGAACUUGAGUUUUUUGUGUUUGUUGAACUUGAGUUUGUGGCAUUUGUUGAACUUGAGUUUGUCGUGUUUGUUGAUGUUAAGUUUGUGGUGUUUGUUGAUCUUAAGUUUGUGGUGUUUGUUGAACUUAAGUUUCUGGUGUUUGUUGAUCUUAAGUUUGUGGUGUUUGUUGAACUUAAGUUUCUGGUGUUUGUUGAACUUGAAGUUGUGGUGUUUGUUAGACUUGAGUUAAUGGCAUUUUUUGAACUUCAGUAUGUGGCCUUUGUUGAACUUGAGUUUGUGGCAUUUGUUGAACUUGAAGUUGUGGCAUUUGUCGAACUUGAGAUUUUAGGAAUUGUUCAACUUGAGUUUUUGGUGUUUGCUGAACUUGAGUUUGUGGUGUUUUCUGAACUUGAGUCUGUUGUGUUUGCUGAACUUGAAGUUGUGGUGUUUGUUAGACUUGAGUUAAUGGCAUUUUUUGAACUUCAAUACGUUGCCUUUGUUGAACUUGAGUUUGUGGCAUUUGUUGAACUUAAGGUUGUGGCAUUUGUUGAACUUGAGUUUGUGUGUUGA